AUUCAAACUCUCGUAUCGACCGCAGACGGAAAGGCUGCUGACCGGUCAGAAAGUCUCAGCUGCGGUGAGGCCUAAAUGGUCUGGUCGAGAGGCGUCUUGACUCUUGCUUUGGGGCCUUGGACACGGAUACCUACGUGCUGCAGCUUCACGCCCGCGAGACGCGUGUGCCCUGCUACUACUACUACUCCACCACCACGACGACGACGACGCAACGCGUGGCUUGGGCAUGGAGUGAGACUUAGAUACUACUCUGAUGCUGCGUCACGCAGACAACAGGUCACGGUUGAUUGCCGGUCGAAUGGAUCCAUCACUCUCGACAUCUUUCACCACGCGACCGCGUCACCCCCCCUCACCAUCAUCUAUCUUCCAUCAGGCCUCAAAGCAGACCCCCUGAACGAUGACCACGCAGCAUCAGCCCUCUCCGAAUCCGCUGAAGCUACCGUUAUCCGCAUCAACUACCGCUCCGGACCGGCUCAUCCCUUCCCCACGCCCAUUCAUGACGUCCUGACCGGCUACGACUGGGUGCUGGAAAACCUCGUCUCGCCAGAUCCGCAGUACAUGCGCAAACCCGCCAAGCUGGGCGUAUGCGGUGAACUGUUCGGCGGCACUCUAGCCACCGCCCUGGCCCUGACAGAAUGCCGGCUCGGCGGCCAUCGGAUAGGCGCAGCGGUGCUGGACAGUCCAAUCGUGGACUGGCUGUUUCCGAACCCCUCCGACCAGGACGUCGAUCCCCAGCUCGAGGACCUGGAGUCGCAGAGCCAGGAGGGCGACGACGUCAGGGAGUCUGAGCGUGCGCUCGACGCCGAGAUUGUCGAGUUCACAAAGACCGGCAGGAGGAAGAAGCCGAAGAAGCCAAAGCCCCUGCCGCCUCCUGACUCCUUCAUCGCGAACGCCUCCUAUCCUGCGCUCCCGUCAUCCGAACUGCUCUCCCUCCGCACGAGCAUCUUCCCCCACGCCUCCUCGCUCUUCGACCGCUUCGCCUCCCCAGCCCUCUUCUUCCGCUCGCCAUCCGCCAUCCUCCCCCGUCCCGCCAGUGAAGACCUCCUCGCAAGCCUUUCCCCACCACCUGACUUCUCCCCUGACGACAACAACAACAACGACGUCAACCCACCCACAGACGACACCCCAUUCGACCCCUCAUCCCUCUCCCACCUCUCCGAAAAAGACCUAGCCAUCGACCUCACCGCCCUCGUCCCAACCUCCGACUUUGACCCCCUCUCCUUUACCGACCCGCUCAUCUACGACAACCCGGACACCACCCCUCCGCAUUUCCCUUCCCCUCCCACACACCCCCAAUACGACCCCCUCUCCCUCUCCCUGCCCCCACCCUCAUCCCUCUCCCUCCCCCGCCUCACACGCACAUACCACCGCACAUACCCCCCCUCCUCCACCUCCCUCGCCCUCCCCUUUCUCCGCCUGCACACUACUCCCGCCAGCCCGCUCGCCACUCAACACGCAGAGUUUACAGCGCUUGUCCGACGGGCUGUUGCGAGGGAGUAUGUGCGUAGACAUGGCGGUGGGAAUGUGGAUGUUGGGGUCGGGGAUGAUAGGGCGGAUGCGGAGGAGCUGAGGAGGGUGGGGGUUGCGGAGGGUGUGGGGAGGGUGGAUGUUGUGUGUUGUGAGGGUGGGCUUGGGAUGCGGGGUGAUGGUGGUGGUGGUGGUGGUGAUGGGGAUGGUGAUGGGGAGUGUGCGAUGGAGGAUGUGGGGAGGUGGUUUAGGGGUGUUCUUGGGGUGGAUGGGUAG